AGUUGCUCCUACUGGCCUUGAGAAAGCCCCACAUAGCGGACUCGCAGCUGAUCGCUGAAGCAUCGCUCCUCUUUCACUCUAAAGCCAAAAUGUCCUCUUUACCGGGGAAAGAGAGCAGCGCUCAGCAUGCGUCCUACGUGGGACCGUACCGGCUGGAGAAGACGCUGGGCAAAGGACAGACAGGUUUGGUGAAGUUGGGGGUCCACUGUGUCACGUGUCAGAAAGUCGCCAUAAAGAUCGUGAACCGGGAAAAACUUAGCGAAACAGUAUUGAUGAAGGUUGAGCGGGAAAUAGCGAUCCUGAAGCUCAUAGAACAUCCUCACGUACUGAAGUUGCACGAUGUGUAUGAAAAUAAGAAAUAUUUAUAUUUGGUUCUAGAGCACGUGUCCGGUGGUGAGCUUUUCGACUACUUGGUAAAGAAGGGCAGAUUAACACCUAAAGAGGCCAGGAAGUUUUUCAGACAGAUCAUCUCAGCACUGGACUUCUGUCACAGUCACUCCAUAUGCCACAGAGACUUGAAGCCAGAGAACCUGCUGUUGGAUGAGAAGAACAACAUCAGAAUAGCAGACUUUGGAAUGGCUUCUCUGCAGGUUGGAGACAGUCUCUUGGAAACUAGCUGUGGAUCUCCUCACUACGCCUGUCCAGAGGUGAUUAGGGGAGAGAAGUAUGAUGGCAGGAAAGCAGAUGUUUGGAGCUGUGGUGUCAUCCUCUUUGCACUUUUAGUGGGUGCUCUGCCGUUCGACGACGACAACCUGAGGAACCUGCUGGAGAAGGUGAAGCUGGGAGUCUUCCAUAUGCCUCACUUUAUCCCUCCUGACUGCCAGAACCUGCUGAGGGGAAUGAUCGAAGUGAACGCGGCCAAAAGACUCACGUUAGAACAGAUACAGAAGCACACAUGGUACAUUGGGGGGAAGAACGAGCCGGAGCCGGAGCAGCCCGUUCCACGGAAAGUGGCGAUCCGUACGCUGCCUUCGGCUGAAGACAUCGACCCAGACGUGCUGGAGAGCAUGCACUCUCUCGGCUGUUUCCGGGACAAGAACAAACUGAUGAAAGACCUGCUGUCUGAUGAUGACAACCAGGAGAAGAUGAUCUACUUCCUCUUGCUGGACCGUAAGGAAAGGUAUCCCAGCCAUGAGGACCAGAACCUUCCUCCACGAAAUGAGAUUGAUCCUCCAAGGAAGCGGGUGGACUCUCCUCUGCUGACCAGACAUAACAAGAGGAGACCUGAGCGUAAAUCUAUGGAAGUACUGAGCGUAACAGAGGGAGGAUCUCCUGUGCCUGUACGACGAGCUAUCGACAUGAACCAGCAUGGACAGAGGUCACGGUCUAUCAGUGGUGCUUCAUCUGGUUUGUCCACCAGUCCCCUCAGCAGUCCACGGGUGACUCCUCACCCCUCACCUCGUGCCAGCCCCCUGCCAACACCCAAAGGGACACCUGUGCACACGCCCAAGGAGAGUCCAGCAGGUACACCGAGUCCCACACCACCCCCCAGUCCCUCUAUUGGGGGCAUGCCCUGGAGGACGCGACUCAACUCCAUCAAGAACAGCUUCCUCGGCUCGCCGCGCUUCCACCGCAGGAAAUUGCAAGUACCGACCCAAGAGGAAAUGUCCAGUCUGACGCCAGAGUCUUCCCCUGAACUUGCGAAAAAAUCUUGGUUUGGGAAUUUCAUCAAUUUGGAGAAAGAAGAGCAGAUCUUCGUAGUGAUCCAGGACAAACCUCUGAGCUCGAUCAAAGCUGACAUUGUGCAAGCCUUUCUCUCGAUUCCCAGCCUCAGCCACAGUGUGGUUUCCCAGACGAGUUUUCGGGCGGAGUACAAGUCCACAGCCGGCCCUGCUGUCUUCCAGAAGCCUGUGAAAUUUCAGGUGGACAUCACCUACACGGAGAGCACAUCAGCCACCAAGGAGAACGGCAUCUACUCCGUCACCUUCACCCUGCUCUCAGGUCCCAGCCGGCGCUUCAAACGAGUUGUGGAGACGAUUCAGGCUCAGUUGUUAAGUUCACACGACCAGCCGACCGUCCAGCAGCUGUCUGGCAGCCCGUUGACUAGCUUCUUUGACGUAAUUAAACAGCUCUUUUCAGACGAGAAGUCCGGGCAGGUGUCGCAGCCCCCCGGCACGCCCAAGCAGGGCGCCAGCUCCAAGAAACACGAGUCCGACUCUAAUGCCUCCAAGAGCAAAGACAAAACCAAGGUGGCACCUUCAGUCGGGACACAGGAGCAGCCUUAAACCCAGGAGUGUUAGUAGAUGACUAGAUUUUUCUAGUCCACUUAUUAAUUUAUGAAUAAAUCUCAACAAAGCUUUUGACUCAAUAAACUUUUGUACCUCGGGAUGAUUCCUGCAGCCUGAAGGUGGACACGAGGCACACCCGGAUGUCCUGUAUUUUCUUUCCCAGAAUGUCUUAUUACUCUCUUGCAUUGCAUUUUAUGUUUUUCCUGUUUUUCUGUUCCAUUAUUGUGAUGCCUUUUGCACAUUUCUGCUGCCAGGAAUUAUCCAGAAAACGUGUUAGAACCCGACUGCUGCUCUCGCAUGAGCUUCGUGUACAGUAUGUUGAUGAUGGAAGGCACAUUACACAGCAAGUACAAGCUACAGACGGAUGUUCCUCAACACCGACUCAGAGAAACCACCGAGAUUCAUUCACCUUUCAGCUUCUUCCUUCUUACUCAGAGCCGCAGCCUUCUGAAAAAUUUGACAUCUACAAAUGUUCCUGUUCUUAUUUCAUAUUCUUUUAACUCUAAUGUAAUAAAUUGGCUCUUGUUUAUCCCCUACAAACACACACACUCACACACACUCCAUGGGGAGGAAGAAGCAGCCAAUGAAGUGGUUAUUACGGCGUUGGUGGAGCAGCCAACACAGACUCAUGUUGGAUUGUAAUUCUUUUUCGAUGUAGUGUUUCUUUAUGAAUGACAGAAUUGAACUAUUUUAUGAACUCUGUGUCAUUGCUGUACAAGAUUUUCAAAUCUUAUUGAGAAAAUAAUAUGUCCGAGCCUAUUCCGGAGGGCUGUGGGAUGGGAUGCGAAAGGGGAAAUGUUUCACUAAAUGCUCUAUUCUGAUGUACAGCCUGUACACGUUCAUUACGUAAACCUCGUCUAGUUGUGACUCUGCUUGGACUGAUUGUGUUGCUAUUUUUUUUUUCUCUCUCCAUGUAGUGAUGAAAUAUUUUGUCAACUUUGAAUGAAAUGAUGCAUAAUGAUUUACUUUUGAUGUCAAUUUUGCAUUUUUGAGAAAACAUUUUUGGAGAAGCAUCUGCAGGAUUCAGAGAACUUUGGCCAUAAUUGUGUAUAAUUUUAUAACUUAUCAUUGUGAUUUAUUUGUUCUUGUUUUUAUUGUUUGUUAAUUUAUGCAGCUGGGACUAUUUAUAAACCAAAAUUUGGGUAGUUUAGUGUUCGUAUCAGAGCUAUUUGUCAAAUUGUUUGCAUUUUUGUUUCUUGUCCUUUGUUGUUUGUUAGGACUCACCUGAAUUUUGUGAACGAAGCACUCUUUCUUUUCUGGCUUUGAGCAGAAAAAGAGCUUGUAGUAUAUGUUAAAUUAUUUACCAGUAAUUUAAGAAUGUAGACUAGCCUCUACGCGGGAUGGGGCGGGUAUAACAUUAUGAACUCUUGCUCUAUUUGUCACUUUUUAAAUCUCAUAGUGUGUGUACAAACAGGUCGAAACACUUGAACCAUGUGAUGUAAAUAGAUAACUUUGCCAAUGAGUUUCUUAAGGCACCAAGGGGGUCGUCCUGCUCAUGGCUGUGGUCUCGUAUUUGCCAUUUGCAUGUCAGACAUCCAGCUUUUCUCUGCAUGAUGAUGAUGUAUAUGUUCAAUUUGCCCUUUCUUCUGCCCCAACCCAUUUUCCCCAUUUUUUUAUCAGACAACUGAAUUGUUUUUUUUUUUUCCUUCACUUUAUUUUUUUAUUUAUUUUUGUUUUAUGUUUUCUAGCGUUCACGUCUCACUUCCUGCUUGUACUUUAGUAUUUUUUGGUUGUGUAUGGUUUUCGCUGAGAGGGUGUGCUGAUGUCAUAACCCACCUUGUUGCAGGUGCAUAUCCACAACACGGCAGAAUUCAGAUAAAGAGAAAUAAACUAAGCAAUACCUAUUCUUAUCCUUCCUAUUUUCUACUUUGAGUGAGAAGAUAAGCUGGAAUACAUAUUGAUUCAAUAUGAGCAGGUAAAGAAACCCCAACAAUGUAUCCCCUUGUAACUACUGUGAAUGAAUUCAGUGCAAAAC